GGCAUUCGCGUCUCUGAGUGAGUUGCUGGGCUUCGUUUGUCUGGACUACUGGACAUUGGUGGUAUUCGUCCCCUGCCUGUGGAACCUCUCCUUCAUGACAUGUUUGUCUGCGCUUGGGGCUACCGACGCUACAUGGGGAAGUGGGUUCGGAAGACGGCAUCGAAGAAGAGGCAUCAGUUCGGAAACAGCGUCUGGGAGGAGCCAGAUGUGAUGCACAUCCUUUUCAAAGGCGAGGAUCCUCGGCUACUAACUCACCCGGUGUACGAGGGAGCUGUUGCUGAAGACGACGCCGCCGCUCUCCGGAGGAAACAGAAAGUGACACCCACGGAUGUGGAGGAGAAGUCUUUCAAGUCUUUGACUUUCGCGGACAUCGGAAACCUGACCCAGAGGGGUGCACUAUACAAGGACGGCGAGCGGAAUCCGAAUCAGUUGUGCAAUCGGUUUCUUUUCUUCUGUGGUGUGGCGGAUGCCGUGCUGUUCUUGGGCAAGCCGCACGCGCAGGUGGUGUGGAGUCUGCUUCAGCAGGGAAGGCACGUCUUGGCCGUGGAUGGGGACACAACGCAGCUCAAAUACACCGUGCAGUAUGUCACCCAUGAAGUGUCGUCCAAGGCUUACCCAUGCGAUUUCCACCAUAUCGUGGUCGAGCCCGUUUAUGACCCGAACAAGGACAUGUUCUUCAAUUUGACUCCGAAGAAAAGGCGCCAGGUCUACUCCUUCCUUUACGGCGAACAACCAAGGUUGAGAUCUAACCCGCAGCUGGAAUAUGUCUUUUUUAACGAGGAUGUUGUCGAUCCGGCCGACUUCACUUUGGAUAAGUACAAGCUGGCAUUCGGUGAGGAGGACGACUUCAAUAUCGAGGCUGAGCAGGAGGAGAGCAUUGAGGAUGACCUCUUCGAUUUGGACGGGCAAUUGGCCAUCUUCAACGCCCAAGUUUCUGAGUCGCCAUCAGUAUGCAAACCGGGGACACCUCUCGCUACACCUACCUCGGGCGGUCCCACGCCCGUGUCCUCCUCAGCGCCUGUCAAGAGGGGUGGGUUGUCCCGUCUGAGGAGUUCGCCGGGGGAGCCUAUUCGUCUCACGCCACAGUCCGAACGUCUUCGACCCGUCCAUCCAGUUCCUCCGGACCAUCCGCAUCUCAAGGCUCCUGCGACUCCCUUCCACAUGGGCAACAAACACACCUUCUCCACAGCCGAAGWUUGGGGCCAUGAUAUCGUGUGGCACCCGGACCAUUUCCAGCCAGUCCUUCUCGACGGCGAAUGGGCAGUGGCUGUGAGGGACGUAAGUGGAGGGUGGAUAUAUGACGAUCGUUGGGACCUCGAGACAUUCAAAUCUCGCGCCAACGAUGCGGUAUUGGAGAGAUUAAGUGAGGUCAAUCGACGAAAUAAGGACGACCCUGCUCUUCGCGAAUACGGGGACACGCUGUUCAAGUUCUUGCAGUCAAAUAAAUGGCUAGAAGUGUCCUCCGCGUUCUACGCCCUUCCAUCAAGCCGGACAAUUAAGCAAGUGAGUUGGGAAUUGCCUGGGGUCACCCCGCCGGCAGGAGUUGUGAAGCGCAAGUCUCGCGGAAAGGACGGCGACGGGGAUGGUGAAGGCGGCGGGCAACGAGGUACCGAAGGUGGAAGUGAACAGCGAUCAACGAAACAACGGUCUCCGGGGCACGCAGGCGGCGGAGAGGGGAGAAAGGGCAGCCGAGAGAAGAAGAAGCCUCGCAGCGGAGAGAAGACAAAGCAUCACAGAGGAGACGGGCAGGGGUCCGAUGGCGACCGCGACGAGGACGGUGGGGUUCUGGCAGUAACGAGCAGCACCUCAAUGGAGACGGGGAACGACUUGAGGCCUGGGUGUAUUACGCGGCCUAGCGAGCAGGACCCUGUGAUUAGCUCCACCAGCGAAACACAGUUUGUCGAUGCGGUUGGCGGGGCGGGUGUCGCAAAGCAUGGAACAUGCUUCGCUCAGCUCGAAAUACGGUUGGCGGAUUGUCUCGGAUCAAUCCGAACCUCAGAGACGACCUCGUUGUUCGGAACUCAGUGCCUUCCGGGAAGCGAGACGACAACAUACCACGGGUCCGGCAGCGACAAGCUGGAACUGUUAAUGCUCUGUGUGGAAGCCCACAAGGAGCUGCAGGCGGACUGUCGGACUGAGGGUGAGUUGGCGACCAGUUCCAAUGUCGAGCCCAACACACUCGGAGCCGAGUUAGCAGUCAUGAGCGACUCCCCGGUGAAAGCGGUCAUGUCGGCGUCAUUGGAAACUGCGGGGGCUCGGAUGAAUCCGAACCAGGGCCCUGUGAACAUCUCCCUCCCUGAUGCAUCUUUGGAGACGACCGUGAUUCGGAUUCAUCCGAGGCACACGGACGAAGGACUUCAACUGGCAGGCGUUGAGGGUUGUCGACUACUGACGACUUUGGACAAGGACAAUGCCGCCGACGACCGGAUUGAUCCGACACUCAACGACGUCAGGAUGGAGCUACCGGUUCAGCCAGGAUACGACGAUCCCUUGUACUCCGCCCUUCACAACGAGGCGAUGGGGAAGGACGUUCUAAAGAAAGCCUCUGACGCUGUUGGAGAUAGAUUUCUCUAUUUGAGUGACGACGACAAAGACACAGCGUACGGGGACAAGAAGUUAAGGGGGGAAGAGGUGUUGUUGGACAUCCGUGGGCCAUUGAGCCCAACACAAUACGACACAGUGACAAUGGAAAAAACACAACCUGACGAUGUUGUGGACGUCGACGAUCUUUGUCCGGAAACGAAUAUACCGUCUACGGUCAUCGACGCUGACAUCUCGAGCCUGUCAAGUUUCCCUGUGGGUUUGGAGCACGUCGUCGCCGCGUCGAUGCGCGCAGGGGUGCCAAUCGUGCUGGGACUGCCGUCGGUGGGCUCUGGUGAAGUGGUAGCUAGGCCUGGUAAGCACUGACUUUCUCUGCUUUCUUCACGCUCGUCAGCCCGUUCG